AUGUCAACGACGCAAAUACUUCAUCCAGAGGCAAAGUCUGCUACCGUAUCUUCGCCUCGCCCAGCGAUGAUGGCUUCGCCCGAGAGUUCCUUUCCCAGCACUCCAGCUCAAGAAGUGACUGUGGAAUUUCCAAGUAAUUUCGGGGGACCUUCUCCUGCUCCGAGAGCCGGUCAAACUGUUUUUGAACGGAUUCCAUCAGCCAAAGUCACCCAGUCCCGCCGAGUGCUGGUCACUACCUUACUCAUUCUAGCGAACCUCGUACAAAUGACAGUCAAUUUUGCUGGUACUGCUGGAGGUAGAACUUUAACCCAGUCGAUGGGAGUCAAGCCGACCUAUGCUUCUUGGGUUGGGGCAAGUUAUGGAUUGACACAAGGGACCUUCGUUCUGAUCAGCGGUCGGCUGGGAGACGUCUACGGAUACAGGAAGCUGGUCCUUGCUGGAGGUGCAUGGCUUUCCAUCGCAACCCUAGCAAGUGCCUUUUGUGGCAAGGCUUUCUUUGCUUUCCUCACUAUGAGAGCCCUCGCAUCGGCCCCGAUGGGUGGUUAUUUCGGUGCACUGUUCUUGGGCGCUUUCAUGGAGAAAACAGAUUGGAAGUGGUUUUUCGUGUUCACAUCCGGUCUCGGUAUCGCUGUCUCACUCGCAAUCUGGCUUUUGAGUAUGCGAGAGACACCGGUUGAUCAGCAUGGAAAGAUCGAUUACGUUGGGUCUGCUCUCGGUACAACCUCAUUGAUUCUGUUCAACUUUGUCUGGAAUCAAGCCCCUAGCGUUGGCUGGCAAACACCUUAUGAGAUCGUUCUCUUGAUCAUAUCCAUCAUUCUCUUCGGGGCUUUUCUCGUCUGGGAAAAACGGUAUACCUCCCACCCCAUCAUGCCGCUUGAGAUUUUCAAGGCACCUUCUUUCCUCACUGUGCUCUUAGUGGUCCUGCUCAACUACAUGGCGGUCGGGACCCUGAUCUGGUACCAGGUCCUCUGGUUGCAAGAAGUGUGGAAGUGGUCUCCUCUGCAAUUUGCCGUUGGCUGGACACCUUUCGUGAUUUGCGCCACGGCAGCUGCAUGUCUGGCUGCAUGGUUGGUUCCUCGAUUGGCUGCGCAGUGGAUUCUAGCCAUCGGUACUUGCACGAUUCUGAUCUCCAAUGCAUUGAUGGCGACUGUACCGGUUAGUCAAAGCUACUGGGCUCAGGUUUUCCCCUCUGUUGUUCUGUUUGCCUUCUGUCCGGAUUUCGUGUAUACCGCCGGACAGAUCAUUGCCAGUAACUCGGUGCGCCGGCAUCAACAGGGCAUCGCUGGUUCCAUCGUCGGCACUCUCAACUUGUACGGCAACAGCCUGGGUUUGGGAUUUGCCUCCACUAUUGAGGUCCAAAGUGCUAAGCGCUCCGGAAGCCAGAUCAUAGGAUAUCGAUCAGCUCUCUAUUUCGGCGUUGCAAUUAGUGUGAUUGCUCUCAUUCUGGACGUGGGAUUUGUCCGACUGGUCAAAGAUAACCGUGAAGGGUGGGGUGAGGAAGAUCGUUUGCGCAUAGAGGAGAUCGAGCUAGCUCAAUAUGCAGAAGCCAGCGGUGCUAAUCCCCACGCAGUAGUUGAAAGGCCGUAG